UCUCAGGAUGUCAUGAUCCGUAGCAUUGGAUUUUGUUACAGUACAUUCUUGAGAAAUGGUAUAGAUGCUUCGUCGAAGAAUAUAAAAGCAGUGCUUUGGCAACUAGGGAAGGCAAAUUCUCAAAAAGCUCUGUAUUUCUAUCAACUACGUACCUUCACUUUUCUUAGAAGACCCAUGCAGUUGGCUUCGUUAGACCAGGAGCAGCAGUUUGCGAAAUCGUUACCUUUGAAGUGGCCAGAGUUUGUUAAAGAGAUCUUGCCAACUCUAGACGCAGAGAAACAUAAAGGUCAGUGCGGCCGUAUCGCUGUGGUUGGAGGUUCUUUUGAAUAUACAGGAGCCCCAUAUUUUUCAGCAAUGAGUUCGCUUCGUGCUGGUGUUGAUAUGGCACAUAUAUUUUGCGAGGAUUCCGCGGCAGCUCCGAUAAAGACAUAUUCACCAGAGCUUAUUGUUCAUCCUAUUUUAACGGCCUCCUGUAAAAUGGACAAAACUGUGGAGGAAACUUCAAAAUAUCUCGCAAGACAGGUCGCUGAAUGGUUAACGAGUCUGCACUGUGUCGUGGUAGGACCAGGUUUAGGGAGAAAUCCGUUGAUUUUGGAAACAGUUGCUUAUGUUAUCGAAGAAGUCACCAAGCGGCAUAUUCCACUUGUGAUAGAUGCUGAUGGGUUGUAUUUGUUAUCUGUGAAGCCUGAGUUACUAAAAAAUGCGACAUCACCUGUCAUUCUUACUCCAAAUCAUGUAGAGUUCAAUAGACUCACUCGUGCAUUUGAAAUAGACGAUACAUCUGAUACCGAAAAACUUUUGAAAACACUAGCCAAGUCGGUUUGUCCGGGAGCUAUUAUCGUUCAGAAAGGUUCAAAUGACCUGAUUGCUGCAGCAUUUUGCGACGUAGUUGUACAUUGUGUCGAACAGGGAAGUCUUCGCAGGUGCGGUGGACAAGGUGACAUACUUAGUGGGUUAAUGGGAGCAUUUAGUGCCUGGAUGCAGAUGAACAGAAAGUUAACAACACCAAAUGAAUGGUUCAUCCCAGUUUACAGUGCCUGUGCGAUGACCAGGAGAUGUUCUCUUCAAGCAUUUAGGAAAAAGCAACGAUCUAUGCUAACAACAGAUAUUAUUGAAGAAAUAUGGAAGGAGUUCAAUACAUUAUUUCCACUGAGUUCACUCUAGUUAUUACUGUUCAGUGAAAAGAUUUUCAU